CCAUAGGGCAGUAGCGAUAGGCGAAGGAUCGAGGCAUCGACUUCCAAUCUGAGUGGCUGCUGAGUGGGGAGCAGACGACACAACAAAACAGCAAUUUUGAUUAGUUUUGAAUUACUCUCGAAUCUUUAUCAUUAAUAGUCUAUUGAAAAAUGAUGUCUUAGACUAAGAACAGCCUAUCAUAUGCAAAGUUUUAACCUUUUCCCCCAGAUAUCUCCAUGAGAACGUCUAGAAGCAGAUGUGCCUCUCCCUCAGUUUAAACUGCCGCGGCUUCGCGCCGUACGAGCAGGUCUGAAAGGAGGUUAGGCUCCUUUUUUUAUACUGGUUGAAUACCAUUUCUGUGCAUAAAUACAUCCGUGAUUUGAGUUCCCGAUUUGAACGCACUGCAUUACUUGGGUUUUAGUGCGAGAAAUAUUGAACAGUCUUGAUUUCUGAGGCUCCCACUCAGCAUACUUCGGAACGUUACGGGCUGGUUUCACCGGCAGUGCUUCGAUAGAAAGAUAACGGUCCGCUAUUGCUACUGCUCUAUGCCAUCGCCAUCUUGCAGGAACGCCGAGCAUCGUUGGCGUCACCAAGCUCUUGUCCUAAGAUGAGUGAAUUCUAAGGAAGUCGAAUUUUGAGGGUCUUGGCGGCUGAUGAAUGGCUAGGAAUUUUCGGAGCUGCGCUCUCGACUCCCAGAACUGUGAACGUAGUCAGUAAAGGUACCGAAGAUGUUAGGAUCUCAGCAAUUUUGUGUACGUUGGAACAGUUACCAGACUAACCUACAAGAUGUUUUUCCUAAGUUGCUUAAUAGUGAACAUUUUGUGGAUGUCACCUUGGCGUGUGAAGCACAAAUGAUAAAAUGUCACAAGGUGGUACUUUCAGCUUGCAGUACAUAUUUUGAGGAGCUGCUUGUUAAAAACCCAUGUCAACAUCCAAUUAUUUUUAUGAAGGAUAUGAAGCAUUGGGAGGUUCAAGCAUUAGUUGAUUUUAUGUACAAAGGUGAAGUUAAUGUAACUCAAGAAGAGAUAUCUACUCUUCUUAAGGCUGCUGAAGCCUUGCAAAUUAGGGGACUAUGCGGUGCAGACCGUCAACAGGACAGCAAUGCUGUCAGUUUACCUCCUGAAACCACAUUAUCAGACAGUGGAGGAAGAGAAACGCCUCCUGUGAAAAGAAGAAAAUUUCCUGAACAACAAUCAGAAAGAAAUGAACGCAGAGAAAAGCAACAACAACAACCUAGGGCACCCACUCCUAAACCAACUAAUGCAACACCUGGUGCAUCACCUUUAGUGACUUCAACUCCAACCUCUAGUAAUGAUAUAGCCUCAGUUCUAGGCGUGCCUGGUCCUGUAACUGCAUCAGUCACAUCAACACCUUACAGAGACUCAGAACGAAAUAAUACUGCAAAAGAAACUACUUCUGAAGAUGUUCAAGAUAGAUCAAAUAUUAAAAGGGAACAGAUGGACCAAGAUGAUUCGUAUUUUGACAAUGACGGUGAAUAUGACUCUUUUGACAUUCAGGAUGACUCAAACAGCAUGAAUCCGGACAUUUCUAUGCCAACCUCUCCACUUGACCAGGCUGGACCUUCUGGAGUGCCAGGAAUGCAAGAAACCAAACCCACAGCAGCUUGGCAACACUUGGAAUAUCUGCUGGGUUCCACUGCUCGAAGAGGACGUCCAAAGCGAGAUGACCCAAGUUUGAAGGCGGCAGCUCAUCUGGUGAUGGAUCGAAGUUACACUCUGAGACAAGCUGCUCUUCAGUUCCAAAUCCCUCCAACAACGCUGAGGAAUUACAUGAAGAGAUCAGGGAUGUUGCGGUUGCCUCUGAAAAGGGGGAGACCCGUUUCAUCUGGAUCAUCGUAUCACUUCUACUCUGAGCCUUUUAGAAUGCCUGGCACCUUCAUGAAUCCUUCAUUUCCUCGUCCAAAUCCACCUCAAUACCCUAUGCAUCAACAACAGCAGUAUCAGCAACAAUAUCAACAGCAACAGCAUCAGCACCAUCAGCAGCAGAUACAACAGCACCAACAACAGCAACAACAUCAACAGCAGCACCAUCAUAUGUCUCAAGGUCCUCCCAUGCAACAGCAGCAGCAGCAACAACAACAGUAUCAGCAUCUAAAUCCACAAUCUUCUCAGCAUGUGGGGCAGCCGUCUCAUUCAGUUUCUCAACAACAGCAGCAGCAGCAACAACAACAGUAUCAGCAUCUAAAUCCACAAUCUUCUCAGCAUGUGGGGCAGCCGUCUCAUUCAGUUUCUCAACAACAGCAGCAGCAGCAACAGCAACAACAACAGCAGUAUGGAUUCAAUAGUGAAUUUAGUGGUGGUUUUGGAAGUGAAUUUGGAAGUGAAUUUUGUGAUAUUCAGGAGUUAAGGCCUCCAAAGAUAGAAACCUCAAGAACUCCACCUGUAGAAAUAGAUUUAGAUUCCGAACCUGACCAAGAAGCUGGUGGUAGUAGGGAAAUUAGUAAAAAGGGGCAAGUGAGAACCAUACCAGGAAACGAAGUGGAGGAAGUGGAUGAUGAUGAACAGGAAGAGGAGGUUGAAGAGGAUGAGGAGGAGGAAGAUGAGGAAGAGACAGGAAGUGUUGGGGCUACUAAUGUAAAAUCUUCGAAUGACGAAGUCACUGGAACACCUGGAGAUGAUGAAUCAGUUUCUGAAAGUGAUUCAGACGACUCUGAUCACGAUAAUUCUGGUCAAAAUAUGCCAGCUGAUGCCAAUUUUGAUUUACCCUAAUCAUUUGUUUGUUAGAAAAUCUAUCUGACUGAUUUUUAUGCAUACUAGAAAUUACUUAUCUUGGUAGGUAAACUUCAUCUUUGAAAAAAAAAAAAAUCUUGAAAAUGGUUUUCUGUAGACCAUCAGUAGGUGACGAGACAGGUGAGUUUGAAGUUUGGAGGGCUGGUAGGAAUUUUUUCCUAAUGUUAUGGGUCUAUUUCCUCAUUCAUAGCAGUACAACUUUCAAGUUCAAUGACUUAUGUCAUGUUUUAAAAAAUAACAAGGGUAUAGUUUUGUGCCCUAGUACUCAAACAUAUCUUUGUUGCACUUUGCUCAAUUGUGUUUCACCAUUACUGAGCUUAAUUAUUUCUAAAUUAUACUAAUUUACGUUGGCUUUUAAAAUGGUCCUCUCUCUCUCAUCUUGAAAGUUUUUAUUUCUAUUUGUAACAUAGUCAACAUUUAAAAAAAUCUUUCCCUUCUGUGCAUGUGCUUUUCUAAUAUCACUUUUCUCUAAUUGCUGAGGUAGCUAUGAUUAUUGAAAUGAUAACAAACACUGCUGGAAUUCCUCUUGUACUUAUUAUAAAGUUCUUUGUUGUGAUCAUAAUUUUGUGUUGUUAGAUUAGACUGGCUAUUGUGAUACUGUAUUAAUCCUUAAUCCAAGUGUUUUCAAUUUUUCAAAUUAAAAUCGCCUUUUUUUAAAAAUCACAAUAUUCAGUUAUCAACUACUCUAUUUUUGCCAUAGCAUUUUUAUUUUUAUUUUUUUUCACUUGUCUUGGUUGUUUUUGGUGGAGUGUUAAUUUUAACUUGAUGUCAUGGAUGGGUUUUACUACCAACUUUAUCAGACAAAGUUGACAAACAUUAAAUAUGCAUUCUUUUAAUUUUAAAUACUUCAACACUGCUGCUAUCCUGGUGUGGCAUAAGCCAAAGAUUUCUUUUUGUGUCGAGGUGAAGGAUUCUGGAAGCUGAUGCUGACAAAGUGUAAAACAUCGUUCCAUGUCAAAAAAUUAAGAGAGAUCUGGUCAAUAUAGAAAUCUCUUAUUGUUGUAUUUUAAAUUCCUGGUAAUUUAAAGAAGUGAACAGUUACCUGCUUGCUAACUUUAUAUGUGUAGGCUGUAUAGAUGUACAGUUAGAACAGCUCACAUUUCUUUGUGCCUUUUUUAAAUAAUUUAGCCUUGUGGAACAAAGAUUAGUGAAAGGUUGUUGAAUUGUAUAGUGUAAUUAUCAUUUGUAAUAUAUUUAUACAAUUUUUCUCACAUUAGCUGUUAAUACUCCUCUAUUUUAUAUGAAAAUUUCAUUUUUGUGUUAUGCAACAUCUCUGCGAUAUGUGUUUCAAUAUUAAGCUGUUACUUUCUUACUGGACACUGUGAUUUUAUAGCAAUAUUUUUACGAACUGCUUCUCCAUCAUUUUCAUGUCUCUGAAAUAGAUCUUGUACAGUUUUCUCACUGCUAAAUUUAGUUUUCAUUUUAGCUCAAAAUAUGCUUUAAGUCUUCUGGUAUGUUUCAGUGCAGCUUGUUAAGUAUGUAUUUUGGGGUUUUUGUUUCAAUUGUUUCAAAUUGUAAGAAAAUACCAGUUUUGGCUUUAUUUCUUCUCUAUCUCUGUACUUGACACCAGGAGAGGGCAUGUGUGUAUGGCUCCAUAAUAAUUACCGAUCUGCAACCUAUUUUGGAUUUUGUUUUCUGUUAGUGGAGAUGGUCGCUAUGAAGACUGAUUUCUGGUUUUUUUGACUGAUUGCAAAUUCUUGAACUUCCUUUAUUUUUGAAGAUAUUCAGUUUACUUUCAAAUGUUAGAUACUUGUAAAAAUGUGCACUUGUAAGGAGUUAAUGACUAUCUGUAAGGACAGCGUGACAUAAUCGUAGUGCAAUGCAUAAAUUUAUGAAUCAACUCGGGUAGUUGUCUUGUUUUCUUCCUUGCCUCAGAAGCACAUUUAAGGAGAUAGUUAAAGAAAGUAAAAACAGGACAGGAAAUACUGCUUUUCACUAAUAUGUGUAUGGUUCAUACAAGAUCUUACAGUUCAUACAAUUUCUUGUGAACCAGAAAUAUUUAAUUUUUAUAGUCCUUCCUGAAGGGUACUAUUUAUAAUUUCUAUAGUUUAAUUCUGCAUCUGUGAAGAGAGAAGUCCUCAUAAUGACACAAGAGUUAUAUGUUCUCCUGCAGUGGAAAUAAAUGAUUGUCAUUGUCAA